UUUUCAGGUGUUCAAGAUGAAUCUGGAAAAGCUCAGCAAACCUGAACUACUGACUCUAUUUAGCAUUCUCGAAGGGGAACUAGAAGCCCGAGAUCUUGUCAUAGAAGCCUUAAAGGCCCAACACAGAGAUGCUUUCAUUGAAGAACGUUAUGGAAAAUACAAUAUAAGCGACCCACUGAUGGCACUUCAGAGGGAUUUUGAGGCAAUGAAGGAGGAGAAUCAUGGUGAUAAGCAACCCGUUUGUGCCAAUCCCUUGUCCGUCCUAAAGGUAGUGAUGAAACAUUGCAAGAAUAUGCAGGAGAAAAUGUUGUCCCAAUUAGCUGCGGCGGAAAGCAGGCACAGAAAGGUGAUCUUGGAUCUUGAAGAAGAGAGACAGCGGCACGCCCAAGACACUGCUGAAGGGGAUGAUGUCACCUAUAUGCUGGAAAAAGAGCGAGAGCGACUCACACAGCAGCUGGAGUUUGAGAAGUCCCAGGUGAAGAAGUUUGAGAGGGAGCAAAAGAAGCUGUCCAGUCAGCUGGAGGAGGAACGAGCACAACACAAGCAGCUUUCCUCCAUGCUUGUGCUGGAGUGCAAGAAAGCCACAACCAAAGCUGCAGAGGAAGGGAAGCAGGUUGAGGAAAUUAGCUUGAAGCUGGAGAAAGAAAGAAGCAAAGUGAGCCAACUGGAGGAGGAGCUGGCAGCUAAGAAGAAGAGGGGCUUGCAGAUGGAGGCACAAGUAGAGAAGCAGCUAUCUGAGUUUGAUAUCGAAAGAGAACAGUUGAGGGCCAAGCUGAACCGGGAAGAGAACCGCACUAAGGCUCUGAAGGAAGAAGUAGAGAAUCUGAAGAAAACCCUGAAGGAGCUAGAGGCGGCUCAGAAAGAAGGCAGGAAUCAAGCCGAGAGCGCACCAUCCCAUAUCUCAGUGGCAUCUGUAGCAACGGCCACAGAAUGUUCUUCAGUGAGGUCAGUCGCUUGCCAGACAGAAAGCCCCUCGGCAGAGAAUGCCAGCCAGGGAAGUUCAGGCAAAUUGGCGCACUUGUUAACUCCCCCCUCUGCCACAUCUGCCCACCCGUAUGCCAAGAUAAAUGGGCAUUGCGAUGCUAUGCAAACAAGUGGGGAGCCAGCUGAGCUCAGCAUUGAGAGCCUGCAAAGGGCGAAGGCUGCAGGGCCAGCUGCUGAGAAUGCUGCAGAAAACAGUAGCUCCCCUGUAAGGACUGAACUGCUUGCCUCUGGUAUCCCACCACUCCCUUCCAGUGGGAUAUCCUUAUCCCCCAGCAACACGGGCUCUUCAUCUUUGACUUCCUCCCCUUGCUCCUCACCAGUUCUGACCAAACGUUUGAUUGGAGCUUCAGCCAGCAGUCCCGGCUACCAAUCUUCCUACCAAGUCGGCAUUAACCAGCGCUUCCACGCUGCUCGUCACAAGUUCCAGUCCCAAGCAGAACAGGAACACCAGUCAAGUGGUCUCCAGAGCCCUCCGUCCAGGGAUCUGUCCCCCACCCUUGUUGAUAAUUCCGCUGCUAAGCAGCUGGCCCGCAAUACGGUCACUCAGGUCCUCUCAAGGUUCACCAGUCAGCAAGGCCCUAUAAAGCCAGUCUCUCCUAACAGCUCGCCUUUCGGCACAGACUACCGAAACCUGGCCAGUGCCAUGAGCCCCAAGAACGAGUCAAGCCCAGGCAAGGUCUCAAGCCCGCUAAGCCCGUUAUCACCGGGGAUUAAAUCGCCAACCAUACCCAGGGCAGAAAGAGGGAAUCCUCCACCGAUACCCCCAAAGAAACCUGGACUGGCUCCUUCUCCAGCCACUCCCACCCCACCGAUUAAAACUCCUUCUCUGGCGUCCUCUCUGGGGUCACCUGUGGACUUGGCAAGCAGUUGCUCAAGCAAUGCUGUGGUAGCCAAUGGGAAAGAAAUUGAGAUCUUGUUGCCAACCAGCAGCUAGUCUCUGGAAACUUCACAUUCCAUAUGAUUUGCCAUUCCUAACGCUGUCUUAUCCGCUUCAUGUUAUUUAUUUGGAUAAUAACAAAA